AUGGGCUCCAAGGCCACUACAAACCCAGCUCUCUUUCUUGCCUUUUUCAUUCUGGUCAGUGCUAGUGUCCAUUGCGCACCACCUCCUCAAGCAACUUGCCCAAAAGAUGCCUUGAAAUUGGGCAUAUGUGCUAAUCUGCUGAGUGUGAUUGGGAUCUUCGGUGGAUCUCCCGUAACAAGACCUUGUUGCUCUCUCAUUGAUGGCCUUGCUGACCUCGGGGCAGCUGUUUGCUUUUGCACAGCCCUGAAAUUCAAUGUUUUGGGCAUCCACCUUAAUCUCCCACUUAACCUUGCCGUGACUCUGAAUGCUUGUGACCGGCGUGCUCCACCAGGGUUCAUAUGUGUCUAA